GUAUCACCUAAAGUCCAACGCGGAAGUAAACAGUAGACUCCAACCAAGUUGGAUCAACCGUUCGGGUUGCUGAUUAUUUUCUUAUGUGAAGUGUAUUUAUGUCCGUUUUGACCAUGUAUCCAGUUCAAACUAUGCGCAAGUUUGUCUGCGAUCGCCUGACUGCGGCAGCUCAGGAGAUCCUGGGAGCGUUUGAGAAGAGAGUAGAGGAUUAUGAAGCGGAGCUCGCUCGGCAGCGCAGGAUGUUGGACAUGGCGUUUUCCCCAGAGAUAAAGUUACAGAGGGCAGAGAUGAAGGCUCUUCUAAAUCAGCAGGAGCACGGCAAUAAUUACGACAUGUCCAGAUUUCUACCUGAUACUGUGCAGAUUAAAGAUGAGCAUGAGGAAAUAAGCAUCACCCAAGAAAGACCGCAGCCUUUGCAGCCUCCACAACAGCCGCAGCCUUUGCAGCAUCCACAACAGCCGCAGCCUUUGCAGCAUCCACAACGGCCGCAGCCUUUGCAGCAUCCACAACAGCCGCAGCCUUUGCAGCAUCCACAACGGCCGCAGCCUUUGCAGCAUCCACAACGGCCGCAGCCCUUGCAGCAUCCACAACAGCCGCAGCCUUUGCAGCAUCCACAACGGCCGCAACCCUUGCAGCAACAAGAAAGGCCACAGCCCUUGCAGCAACAAGAACGGCCGCAGCCUUUGCAGCAACAAGGACGGCCGCAGCCCUUGCAGCAACAAGGACGGCCGCAGCCUUUGCAGCAACAAGAACGGCCGCAGCCUUUGCAGCAACUAGAGCGGCCGCAGCCUUUGCAGCAUCAAGAACGGCCGCAGCCUUUGCAGCAUCAAGAACGGCCGCAGCCUUUGCAGCAACUAGAACGGCCGCAGCCUUUGCAGCAACUAGAACGGCCGCAUCCUUUGCAGCAACUAGAACGGCCGCAUCCUUUGCAGCAACUGGAACGGCCGCAGCCUUUGCAGCAACUAGAACGGCCGCAGCCUUUGCAGCAACUAGAACGGCCACAGCCUUUGCAGCAACUAGAACGGCCGCAGCCUUUGCAGCAACUAGAACGGCCGCAUCCUUUGCAGCAACAAGUACACACGCAGACUUUGCAGCAACAAGUACACCCGCAGCCUUUGCAGCAACUAGAACGGCCGCAGCCUUUGCAGCAACUAGAACGGCCGCAUCCUUUGCAGCAACAAGAACGGCCGCAGCCUUUGCAGCAACAAGUACACCCGCAGCCUCUGCAGCAACAAGUACACCCACAGUCUUUGCAGCAACAAGAACGGCCGCAGCCUCUGCAGCAACAAGAACGGCCGCAGCCUCUGCAGCAACAAGAACGGCUGCAGCUUUCAGAACUGCAAGAAGUCCCAGCCUCCACACUGACUCCACCUUCUUGUCCGAAUACCACCAGUGGUCAGUCCCAGCCAUUAGGUCCUGAAAAAGAGAGUGGAGCAAAUGCAAGUCUUGCGUCUAAGAGCUUAAACAGAGUCGUAGAGUCUGGAUGGAAGGAGGGGACACCGUCAGUGAAUGAGCAACAUCUUUCUCAAACUUCAGGUGGAGCCGAAAUCCAACAUGACAAUAGAGGGGCAUCACCAACCGGACCUGCAGCGCCAACGUCAGCUGAAAGGAGCCCAGCAUUAGCUACAAACUCAGAGGAAGCAUUUGAUGAUGCAUUUUUAGAUGCAAAUUAUGAAGACAUCUUGAAUGAAAUUGAUGACAGUACCUUUGCACUCUCCAAUAUGAGUCCUGAACAGUCAUUAAAUAUGAGCUUUGAUGAUUUAAAUGAAACGUCAACCAGCAUUACAGAACAGACACAGUUGGUGAAAGAUCAUGUUGGAAGCUCAGUGUCGAUAGGCAGCACUGACCUAACACAAAACAGUAAUACUGAGUUCACAACACCAGCUUCAAGCAGCGGGGCCGCACCAACAAGGAUGUGUACAGGUUACAAUAACAGCUCAGCACCGGGAAGAAACUGUGAACUAGAAGCAAGUAAGAUUCAAGAUGAAAGUCAAAUUUUAACUACAAGUGUUGAGCCAAGUCAACCUGAGGUGAAUCAAGGUUGGAGGCCAGAGUCUUCCAUCCUAACUGUGCUAACACCAGUUGAUGAAUAUCAAAAUGAGACACGAGUCCCAACUGAGAUGGCAGAAGAUCAAGGCAGUCGAGCCUUUAGUACAAGCAACCAAGAUAAGAGCACAUUAACCAAAUCUGCUGAGCUGACACCAAGCGAGAAAAUUCGAGAAGGAGUAGCAGCAAUGGAAAAUAUUGAUCAAACAUCACAGAAUGAAAACCGUGAUAUGAGUGCACCGUCAGCCAAAAGUACAGAGCAAUCAUCAAGCCAGGGUGGUAUCAAAGAGGCUGUGACAUCGACUGAUAGAACAGAACACACCUCAAAGAAAAAUCAUAAACAAGAGAGGACGCCUUUGCGUGGAAGUACACAUCCGCCAUCAAAAACAAAGUCAAAAAAUGGGAGAACACCAUCUUCAACAAGAUCGCUCAAGAAACCCAGACAAGAAAGCGCAAGAUCAACUAGAGAUAAAACUCUCAGCGAGAAGACUGCCGCCAAUCAACGCACAGAUUAUAACAUAAAACCUCAAGAGGAGGAAGAAACUUCCAACCUAAUUUCAAAUUCUGCACAAAAUGAUGAACAUGCCGGCAACAAAGCGUCUUCUACUGGAGAUAUUGAGGUGACACAGAGUGACCACAGUCAGGAAACAGAAAUAAUGCCAAGUAAAACAUCAAGUGAUAGGAAAAAGGCAGCCCCACAUUCUAAAUCCAAAGAUAAAUCAAGAAAUCAAAACAAGGAAGCAGCUAAUGUUGGAAAAUCUCACAAUGAAGAUGCACAAAGCAUGGAAGCAACAUCGACCAAGAGGCUAAGAGAUGGUCAGGGUUCUGAGUCGCCACAAAAAAGGAUGCAUAGAGGCGAAGGUUCCACAUCAACUAGAAGCAAAGAAGUCAAAAAGUAUGACACACGCAGCAAAGAAAGCACAACAUCAAAUCAAGAUCCCGACCCACCUCUGUCCAAUACCGACGACAGCGAAUCAAGCGAAGCAGAAGAGAAGGUGGAAAACCCCUACAAGUGCGAUAGAUGUGGCAAAGUAAUGUCCAACUUCAAGAACUACAAAUUCCACAUGAAGACUCACACAGUCGCAAAGACUUUCAAGUGCGACACUUGUGGGAAAAUGUUUAGAGAGAGCUGGGACCUGAACAAGCAUUUGGUCAUCCACUCCGCUGAGAAGCCUUACAAAUGUGACGUCUGCGGAAACGGUUUCAACCGCCGCUACAACCUGGACCUGCACCUUCGGGUCCACACGGGGGAAAAGCCGUACAUUUGCAACACGUGCGGAAAGACAUUCAGCUCGUGUGUCAAUAUGAAGAAGCACAUGAGGAUUCACACGGGCGAGAAGCCCUACACGUGCAAAGAGUGUGGCAAAGAGUUUGCCGACUCUUCCGCCUUCAAAAACCACCUGCGGGUGCACACGGGGGAGAAGCCCUUCAAGUGUUCCUACUGCAAGAAGAAGUUCGCCACCAGGACAACUUUGAAGAGACAUAUCAGGACGCACACGGGCGAGAAGCCGUACGAGUGCACGGUUUGCGGUCGAAACUUCGGCCACAGAACCGACCUGAAGGGCCACAUGAGGAUGCACACAGGCGAGAAGCCUUAUAAAUGUACUACUUGUGGAGAGGACUUCUCCACCUGGUCAAAACUGAACAAACACAAGCGGAUCCACUCAGGUGAAGCACAAGACUCCACUGAAUAACAUGUUAAAUGUAUUGAAGGUAUCUAAAUAGCAAGUGAGGAAAUUUGAGAAGUCACUAGAUGUCAAGAGGCUAUAGCUUAGUUUUGAAUUACAUUUUUUUUUAACAUUUCAGGUAUAACAUAAAUUUUCUGCACACUGGAAAAAAACUGUCUAAACCUUGUUUCCAUCUUCCUCCUUUCUUUCCUUUCCCUAUUUUUUCUUUUUUUGUUCCUCUGUUUGUUUUUCAUUUCCUUCUUGCCUUCCUUCCUUAAUUCUUUUAUUCUAUGUCUGUCAUUCAUUCUAUCCUUAAUUUAUUUGCUUCCUUUAUUGUUUGAACUUUCCUUUCAUGUGUCUCUCCUUCCUUUCAUGAAUGUUUACUUUCUUUUGUGUGCCUCUUAUUUUUCUCCCUUCCAUUCCUCCUAUCUUCCUCUCUUGUUAUACUCCUUAUUUUCUUCCUUUCUUACUAUUUCCUAUUUUUCCAGGCUCCAUAUUUAAACAUUUAAAGCCUGCUGCCUGCCUGUAGAAAAAUCUGCUGUUUGUUCAUAAUGAACUUUUAAAAUGUUAAAAUUUGAAAUUAACAUAAGAUUUUGAGAAUUCUGAGAAUUUAAGUUUAGACAUUUUUACAUGGAAAAUGUUCAGAAAUCCUGUAAAAAAUUGCAAACAUCAUCAGCUAUGGUUUUUCUGAAAAAAUGUCACAGAAUUCUUUGCUGCUGAAAAUGACAACAAAAUGGAAGAAAAAAGAUUGUAAUGGGUUGCUAAUAUCUCAGGUGCUGGUGUAAUAAUGGUUGUAUUUUUUUUAAAGUUGUUUCCUCUAACUUUUUGCCAGGUUGCUAAGGACUUAAGAACUAUUCUGCCGAGACAUGAACCAUUAUAACAUGCUGACAGCAAAAUAAAGUAUGAUUAAUGAUUAAAGAUGCUGAGGUAAUAGGUACUUCUUAAGACAUAAAUUCAAAUUCAAAUAUACUUUGUUGAUCCCAACAGGAAAUUAAAUGUUGUUGUAGCUCAUUAGUUCAGAUUGACUUGAUAGUAUAAGGCCCUAUACGCAAAAGGUUCAAAUAAAAAUAAAAUGCACAUCAUCAUUUUUCAUUUAAGCAACGUUUAUUCCUUUUGCUGCGUAAAUACUUUAACAUAUUGAGGUACAUUUUAAAUCUUAAUUUCCGACUGCUUGCUCCAGAGAACAUUAUCCUUUUUUUGCUGUUCUGCUCUUUUUAUGGUAGAGCAACUAGAAUUUAGUUAGUCAGAUUAUCUACUCUGACUAGCAUGACGUCUGCUGCUUGACUGAUUAUCACCUUACUAAUAGCGCAAGUUUCCACACCAUGAAUAUGUUUCUCAUGACUUGAUAUAUUUCCAAACAGCCAUAUUUGUCUUUCAUGUAGUAGUGACGCGUUCAUAGAGUUGCAGAGUUGCAUUGUUCCAUGCUCCACACAGCCUCUGACACGCUCUCUGAUAUGACAGAACAUGUUAAUGAUGUUAUUUUUUGAGGUUUUUUUUAUAUCUUAAUUCUUUAAACUUUGGUAUACUUUGUUUGAAGCGACCAGGCCGAUGCCUUAGGCUGAAUGUGCCUGGCUUUCCUCAGCACUCCUGGUGAGAUCAUGACAUCAGUGAUUUUUCUUUUUGUUUUAUUUAAAAAAAAAAAAAACAUUCAUAACGGUUCAGGGUUUCAUUCUGUCCCUGCUGACGUUGGGCACUUUGCUGUUAAAAUCCAACCAGGAAUGUGAGGAUGUGUUUGUUUUGUCAUCCCAAAGGAUUUUAAUUUCGUGUGCUGCCUUUACUUGAUUGUUGUUUUUCUUUGCUGGUUUUUAUGCAUGCUGUUUUAUUGUUUAAUAGCAGUUAAGAUACAGCUUCAUCACUGGCUGGUGACAUGUUGCCAUCUCAAAACCCAUUCAGUUUCCAUCAUGUGACCAUAUUUAGCAAUGAAGUUGUUUUGUUUAAUUUUCGUAUGUGUGACUUACCAAAGAUCUCAGCUCUCUCUUUGUCAUUUAUUGUUGUGUGGAAAAGAAUGUUUGAAUAAACAACUGGAAACUUAGACACCUAAUACAAGAGAAAUAGUUUUGAAAAUUGUAGCAGUCAGUUUUAUUUUGUGUGCUUUUGAAUUCCUGUGUGAAAUGUGAGAAUACACAGAAAUUAUUGUCUUAGAAAGCUGUCUAUUUUCAGAUGUUGCUUUAUUCAAGUUAGAAUAUUAAAAUAUUUUUUGAUAAUCUA